GAGGAGGCGGUCCCGCGAAGCCGAGCUCGGAGCCGGCUGCCUCCGCCCCUCGGAGCCUCCCAGGCGCGGCUGCUCGAGGGGGCGGGUCGCGCGCGGCAACUUUUGGAGCCUGAGAGAGCCGCGGAGGCUGGCAGCGAGGGCAGGCAGCGGCGGAGCGAGAGCCACGCUUGGGACACCGCUCGCUCGGGCCGGCGGAAGAGGCCACUGCGGUGCUGCAGCUGGCGAGGAGAUGGCCGGGGGCGCGGGAGGCGGGGCCAAGGGCUGGCUGGGGGUCGCCCUGGUGGGCCUUCAGCUCUGCUCUGUGACACUUGCCUUGGAGGUUUCGGUGGGCAAGGCGGCCGUCAUCUAUGUAAAGAAUGGCACGGAUGUCCUCUUGCCCUGCACAUUCUCCUCUUGCAUCGGAAUCGAGAGAGCCAACUUCUCGUGGAUCAGCAAUAACACUGAAAUAUUCAAAGGAAUCAUUAAGAACAAAGACUCCAAGCCAGAGCCCUACCCGGAGUACAGGUCUCUCAUCAAGUACGAGAUGCCGACUGAUAUCGCCCUCAGCAAGGAUAACCGGGAGUUCAACGUCUCCCUCCUGCUCCUCUUUGCAGAGUUCAGUGACUCUGGGAAAUACACUUGCUUUGUUAAGAACCCAAGGGAGAAGAAUGCCAACCAUAGUGCCACCAUCAUGCUCAAAGUGGUCGUGGAAAUGGAGAAGAAGGACAACACGCUAACGCUGAUCAUUGUGUCAGUCGUUGGGGGUGUCAUUGGACUCCUGGUCCUCAUCAUGGUGAUCAAGAAACUCACCCUCUUCAUUCUCAAGAAGACACGGGAGAAAGAGUGUCUUGUGACUUCUUCAGCAAAUGACAACACAGAGAAUGGGCUGGCCGGCUCCAAAACUGAACAGAAAUCUGCCCCAAAGGCCUGAGGCCGCUGUGGAACCGGUGACCUGUGAGGCCCUGAAAUCCAGGCCCAGGAGGAAGAGGAAGAGAGUUGACCAUUUCCAAAUGAUUGAUGCUUGAGACACAUGACUUUAUUACACAGUUGGCUGCAACCAGCACUGCUUCUCAGAUAAGACUGCAGGCAUUGGACAGGCAGGCCGGGGGGGG